AUGAAUGACAAACUAGUCUUCCUGGGCCUGCUGUACUUCGUCCAGGGCAUCCCCUACGGUCUCCAGUCGUCCCUGCUCCCUGUCUACCUGCGCGGAGCCGGUCAUUCCCUCACCCGCAUCGGCUUCACCAAGAUCCUCUACUUCCCCUGGGUCCUCAAGGUGCUCUGGGCCCCUUUCGUGGACCGGGUGGGCACCAAGCGGCGCUGGCUGGUGGGGACGGUGUCUGGGCUGGCUUUGACAUGCCUCUCCAGUGCCGCCCUGGCCCCAGAAGCACAUAUCUGGGGAGUAGCAGGAACCCUGUUGGCCAUGAACUCCUUGGCAUCUGUCCAGGACAUUGCUGUAGACGGGGCCGCCGUGGGGUUGUUGAAAGGUCGUGGGGAGCUGGGGCUGGGCAACACAGCCCAGGUGGUGGGCUAUAAAGCCGGGUCGGUGUUUGCCGGAGGAGGGCUGCUGGCUGUGAUAGACGUGGCGGGAUGGAGCUGGAUGUUUAUGCUGCUGACGUUUGUGUACGCAGGCGUGGCCCUGUUUGUGUGGGGGGCCCCCGUGCUGGACGAUGAGCCUGUGAGGGGCCAGCAGGCAGAUGGCAGCAGGAGGGGAGGGCAGGAAGCAGACGCUAUGAGGCCGUGGAGGGUGUGGAGGAAGCUGCUGGCAGUGCCCGGCACCCCUUGGACAGUCCUGUACGUGCUGACGUACAAACUAGGUGAGCAGGGUGCAGUGACCAUGUUUCCUCUCUUCCUUUUGGAUCAUCACAUGACCGCCAGAGAGCUGGGCUUCUGGAAUGGCGUGAUCGCCAUGGGCUUCUCCAUCUGCGGGUCGUUCCUCGGAGGCCUGCUGCUCGCCCAGUUCAGCAUCGGGGCUCUGAUGCGACGCGUGUUCGUAUUGCGAACCAUCAGCAUGGUCUUCCAGAGCUCUCUACUCACUGUACUGGAACCAUCACCGCUCAUGAAAGGUAUGGCCGUUCUGAGCAUGAGUGUUCAACACUUCCUGGGCGGUCUCAUCACCACGCUCACCUUCACUACCAUGAUGCAUUGCACUCAGAGGGCCGAGGAAAGCAUUCAGGCGACACACUACAGUUUCCUGGCGACCCUGGAGGUGCUGGGAAAGCUGACGUUCAGCGCCUUGGCUGGAGGCGUGGUGGAUUGGUUCGGUUUCCAAGUUGCCUUCCUCUUUUUCCUCACCCUCUCCGCUGGGACGGCCCUGCACGUGUGGACAGCUACCUUCACUGGUGUUUUCAGGGAACACCAGCUCAAAGAACAGCCCAAGUGAGAUCAGGAUCAGGGUGAAAGGUCCUGAUGCGGGGCGCUUGCAGGUGCUUAAAAUGUAUUGAAAUCACUUGAGUUUGUCUACCAGUAUUCAGGCACCUCAAAAGUUCUUGAAUCGUGUUAAAUAUAGCACUCAUGACUUCAGCAAAUCAUGUCAAUAUAGAAGAUUUUGAAUAAGUUGAAUUUCUUGUUCUGCCAUGUUUUAAGGAGAAAUCAGCCAUGCGAUUAAGUACUCUUUUACAGAGUGUGUUUUUUGUCAUUUCACUGGCAAAACUGGCCUUAAGUUUUAUUUAUUUUGCGUUUGAAAUGUCUGAAAAAGUCUUAAUACCUACAUAAGCGUGAACGUUUGCAGAUACUGUGUAGGUAAGGAUGAGUAUAUUGAGUUUUCUGCACCUAGUCAGUGCUAUGAAUGGAUGUGUGCUGGGCAAUGGCGCACCAUUAUACUGUACUGAGAGUACUUUGGGAAAUAUAAUCAAAGCUGUUUUUAAUCAUCUGAGCCAUUCUAAUGUUUUAAUAAGCCAGCAAUAAGAGCUGUAGCCAAAAGCAAUAUUGCUACUUUGUGAUGCUUGUUCUAUCAUAUUGUACUGUAUAUGAAUAUGUUAGUCAUUCUCCUGAGUUGUAUGGUUUACAGUUAUAAAGGAAUGAAUCUCUACUACCUCGUAUCAGCACUGUAUGGUACGGUACACAGGAGGGGAAUGUACAGUAGCUGCACCAAGUAGAGUACACAAUCAUUCACUGUUACCUAAUAGGGAUGUAACGAUACAUAGAUUCACAAUUCGAUUCGUGAUACUUUCACAUUGAAGAAUCCUUUUUUAUUUCUGAGGUGGAUAACAAUGUGCAAAAGAAAACACAUUUCCUUUUCUAAAACUGAAAAUAUAACCCUGUCAACUACAAUAGCCAAAACAUUCAAUUUUAAAUAGGAUGUUGCAUUCUCAAUGUCAAAGACUGUAUUCAGAACCACCUACUUCAUGUUACAGACGAACUUCAUACUGCUUUUUAUAGUAGUAUGUAGUAUGAAACUGUAAAAUCAAUUUAUUUUGCAAUAUGCUAGACCAGACUCAGUCAGUUUCUGGUUUUGGAAAGCGGAAGUUAACAAUAGCACAGCUAAUAGCAAACCACCGCUACUGUGUAGCAUCCCAUUAUCGAAAAGAAGGAGAUGUUAUAAUUGUGGAUUUUUGUGAUUUUCCCAAAGAUGGAGUGAGAGAGCUGAUGAUUGGAAGCAACCAAAUUACUUCAGUGCAAAUGUAAUGUGUGUUUUGUAGCUCGUUUACUACAAAACAGUAGUUAUUACAGAAUAACAGCGGUAAGAAAAUUAACAAUUACAUAAAUGUUCUUACAACUGCCUCAAAAUCAAUUCAAAAUCUACACAGCUAAUGUCUGGCCUCAAAUGUUCUCUGACGAGGCGAGUUAAGCUGAUCGUUUCAUACUGGAGAUUUUAGCUAGGACAUCUGGGUAUUUUUGGCAUACUGUAGAUUUAGCUUUUGUUAGCAUACUGCGUACUACAAGCUACAUUAUGGCCAAAGUUCGAAUACAGCCUAACCUUUGACCUGAUGCUGCCGUGUCUUUAUACCUUCAUGCAGUGUGAAGGUUAAACAAGCAAAGUCAAAAGUAGAUAGCUCUCCUCUCCUGUUUAAAAAGAUUAUCACCAUCCAUUUGUCACCUCACGGAUUUGAAUCUUCACGUUUGUGUCGCCAUUUAACCGUAUAUCGUUACAUCCCUGUUACCUAAGCUACAACAGUUAGCCAGCAGUUAGUCGGUUUGUAGUUACUGCACCUGUUUUCAUUUUAGAAAGGGAAUAAAAAUGCAGUUCCCCCGCCCCCGAGUGAAAUUCCUUUUGGAACUGAAUAGAUCAACCCUGACAGCUUUCUUCUUGUAGGAAACCUCAGCCUUACAAACUGCAUGGUGCCAUCUUGUCUCAGUUAUUCAAUCGAAGAAUCAGACUUAUCGAUAAACUCUGAAAAUAUCUCUGUUCUUUAUAAAAACUUGAAUGACCAAUACCGCUGGCAUUGGCUGCUAACAUUGUUUCACUUUUCAUGUUUGAGAAAAUGUCAAUAAUAUGUAUUAUAGAAUAUAACUCUCCAAUGUACUGUACCCUAUAUUCAGUCAUUUUAUCCAGGCUUAAAAUAUGAAUGAAACAGCAGCGUAGAAUUUUUGUUUUGUUUUGUUUUUUUCAAGUCUCUGUAGGAGAUUUUAUUCAUAGAAAUUAAGUCUUAACGUUGAUAAUUGUUUUGGCAGGAGAACAGCAGAUGAGACAAGGAUGGUUUACAUAAAGGCAGCAAACUAAAACACCUGCUUUCACCCACAUAAUAAAUAAAACCACAUCAUCACUGGUCCAUCCAUGUACCCAGGUCCUCUGUCAUGAGAUUUGCACAAAAAAUAAAGCUGCUGAGUGAA